AUGGAGUUUUGCUUGGCAGCCCGCCCCGCGAGCUCUCUCCUCGGCGCAGCAGCCCGCCACGCCCACCCGCGCCUCCUCACCACCCCUCUGACAUCCUCCCGCGGCCACAAGACGGUCGCCCGCACGAAGCGCGCCCUCAAAAUUGCCCCCCACGACUCCUUUCUCCCCGACCGCGCCGCGCCUUUUCCCGCCGCCGACAGCAUCAUCUAUAACCCGCCCGCCUCCGAGGCCUCGCCCGCGCACACGCCCUUUCUCUUUCUCCCCUCGUCGGAUCCGCGCCGCGCCGCCGCCGCUCGCAUGCGCAAGACCACCGGCCUCGGCGGCAGCGCUCCACAAACACCAAACGGUGUCGCGAUGCGCUACAGCCACCGCGCCGACGAGCCCAAAUACCACCUCACCGCCGAGCAAGUCCAAGAGAUGCGUCGUCUGCGCAGCGAGGACCCUCUGACAUGGAGCGUCAUUGCGCUCGCGCGCAAGUUCAACUGCUCGCAGGUCUUUGUGCAGAUUGCGGCGCCCGCGCCUGCGUCGCACAAGGCUUGGCUAGAGAGCCAAAAGCGGAAGCGCGAGGACCGCUGGGGGAGCAAGAAGACGGCGGCGCGGGAGGAGCGCAAGCGACGCGCGGAGCUCAUGUACCGCGGCGAGCUAUAA